GCAUCUUGACAGCCAGCAACUUGGGGUCCUCUUCGGGAGUAAACUUAAGGAAAUGGAUGGUUAUCCCGGAGUCGUUGGCAGCGAUUCUACAAAACAUCAAGAAAGACAUUACUACCUGUUAUCUGAACUGCAAACAUUAGUCAAAGAUCUUCCCAGCUCCUUCCAGCAACGCCUGUCCUACAGCACGCUGGGUGACCUGGCUCUGGCACUCAUUGAUGGGACGGUCUACGAGAUUGUGCAAGGGCUGCUGGAUAUUCAGCAUCUGACAGAGAAAAACCUGUACAACCAGAGGCAAAAACUGCACUGUGAACACCAAGGACUCAAACAAGACCUUGUACGAAAACACAAAGAUGCCCUGCAGUCAUGCAAGUCUCACAAUCUUGCGCUUCUCAAAUCUAACCAACAAGCAGAACUAGAGGCUUUGGAAAUCCGUGUGCGAGAGGAACAAAGAAUGAUGGAUAAGAAAAUUGUAGCAGAAAUGGAUCAAAAAGUGAUAGACCAGCAGAACACUCUGGAGAAAGCAGGAGUCCCUGGAUUUUAUAUCACCACUAAUCCUCAGGAGCUGACAAUGCAGAUGAACCUGCUCGAAUUGAUCCUCAAACUUCAACAGAAGGAGUCACAAUCUGGGAUCCUUUGACAAAAGGCUUCACUUUGUCAAAAUAUGGGGGAUUAAUAAUGCAAAGGCCACAGAAUGCUCAUGCUCACAUUUCAAUAAUUGUGACAUUCAGCAUCGUUGAUUAAGGAGUGGCAUUGCUGUCUUUAACAACUUGUGCACCACAGGUUGUUAUAGGGGUAACAUUUACCAGAAAAACCUGUCGGGGAAGGCUAGUUCUCAAGUGUACAAGUAAGAUGUUUCCAGUUCUGGAGGAGAGCCGUAGCAGGUCGUGACACCAUAUAUGACAUCAUAUAUUGUAAAACAAUUAACUGCUGUCACACUUUGUUAAAUUAAGAAGUUAAUGUGUUGCAAAUCCUUUAUAAACACGUUUAAGCAGAGUUGUGAGAGAGCAGACUGCCAGAAAACAAAUAGUAGAUGGUUAAUAUGUCGCUAAGGGAUACAGAGACCGCUGUAACUGGAAUUACUUUCGCGACCCCUCUGCGGUGAGAUAUUCUCUCCAUAAAGGACUCCUGAUGCCUUUGACUGAAAUGUUUUGGGUCUGCUUUGGCCAUGUUAUUGUUUAUUUAUUUGAACAAUAUUGUAAUACAUUUACUCCAUUUUUUUUCUCAUAUUUUUUUCUACUUUUUUGCGUGUAAUAUGUUUUAUCUGUUCAUUUUGUUUAGUUGUGUCAGUACUAGGGCUGCUCAUGAGAUCCUUAGCUAAACCUGUCACAUUUAUGUUGAUAUUUAUUUAAAUGUCAGUGUCAGUUAAUGUUUGCUGUCACACAUAAAUAAACAAAUAAGCAACAAUGAA